UUUUAACUGUAAUUAUUAUUUAUUUCGUUAAUACCUCAUUGGCACCUGCUGAAAUGUUACUUAUUCUCAUUAAACAAACAGUGAAAAAAAAUUAAAAUACCAAAAUAUUACUCCUUUUGGCUAUACCCCUUUUCAUGAUGUUCAACACAUUCCAUCGAUAAAUCGAGGAUUACCUAUCGAAAGCGAAGUGCGAGAUGCGAAAGUCGAUCAUGUUUCGGGUAGCAAAUGGCGCAGCAAAAAGGGGCUCAAAGCCGCGACCGUGUUUCUUCUGAAAGAAAUGGAAGUGGAAAACAGUGGUGAAACAUCUGAAAGUCUUGGACGGACAGUUCAAAGUUCUGGCGAAGACUGUCGUAUAUGCCUAAAAAAAUGUUCAGAGCUUUUGGAAUUAUUCGAAAACGAGGAGGACAUACCUCAAAAAAUAAUGGCGUUCGCUGCUGUUCAGGUGGAGCAGGGUGAUGGCCUUCCAACCACAAUAUGUUAUCCUUGCCGCCGUCUUUUAGACGUAUCAUUCGACUUUAAAUGCCAAGUAGAAAAAUCGGACGCAAAGCUACGAGAAUUUUUAACCUGCAAAGAGACUGUAGAUGUAGAUACUAUGAGCACGUCCUUCACAAAAUCGGUCAACGCUGUUAUUACGGAAGCUAUAGCUGAUGAACUACCACAUGAAGAAAUAGAAGCAGAUACCCUUGACGAUGAGAGUAUUCACAUUUCCAACAUUAUUAACAUAUCGGAAUCUGAUACAAGACCCUCCGUCCAAGCUAUUGAACAUCUUACUGUACAAAACUUUACUAAUGACCGUGAUACUAUCAUCUUUGAAAUGACUGAUGGAUGUAAUCAGGUGGAGUCUCAAAGUGAUACUGUUGAAGUAACUAAUUAUGAAGAUGUAGCUUGUACUGAUAUCGAUGAUAAGGAAAUUGAUUAUGAAAAACGUGAUAUUGCAGAAGAUUCAGAUAUUUUAACUGAAAAAGUAAUACAGAAUGAUGAAUCAGGAACAGAAACUGAGCCAGUUAAGCAAGAAUUAUCAUUACCUGAAGAAAGUGAACUCUCUGAUGCUGAUGAUAAUUCAGGUUGUGAUGUUAGUUUUGAAGACUCAACAGUAAAACCAGAAAUUAAGAGUAGUGCAUUAGUAGAGAAGGAAAAUAGAAAACGAUCAUUAUACAUUACAAGUCAAGAUACAACAGACGAUCGUGAGGCGAAAAUUGAUGCAGAUGACAGCGAUGAAGAAGAGAAGCCUUUAAUAAAUAGAACGCAGCGACAAAAGUGUCCACAUUGUAUAAAGACGUUUGCGUCAAGAUUAGCAUUACAGAGACACUUGACUGUACACAAACAUAAAACCAAGUUACGAUACGUGUGUUACAUGUGCGAUAAACAAUUCUCUAAUGUAGCAAAACUAAAAAGUCACAUAGGUAAUAGCCACGAUUCCUCUAAAACUGAAGAAAAAUCAUCAGCUGAUGAUAUUUCGAGUAAAAUAUCAGAUUCGGAAAAGAGUUUAGAAAAACUUGAAAAGCAUGGUAACGUGGCAAUGGACAUUCAAAAGUCAGACAAGAAAAAUUAUAAAUUUACAUGUAAAGUUUGUGCAAAGCAAUUCACCUAUCAAAAGUCCUUUAUCACUCAUGCAAGAAGUCAUCCCGAGUAUAAGCCUGAAAUGCUCAAUGGAAUUAGUGAGCAAACGGGUACCCUGGAAGAAUCACAGGAAAGUCGUAACGAAUUAUCAAGCCCCAAGGCCAAUGAAUCUGACGACGAUGACGACAUGCCUUUAGAAGGCUUGCAGUGUACACAGUGUGGUAAAUUAUUUGCAACCAAAAGAAACCUUAAGAGACAUAUUUCAACCCACAGUGGUCUUAAAUUUAAUUGUUCAACUUGUGGUAAAGAAUUCUCAAGGGUAGACAAAUUAAAAGAACACGAGCAGUCCAAACACAAGGAGGAAAUAUUUGGCAGGUCGGAUGACGAUGAUGAUGACGAUACGGAUAACGAGAAUAAAGCUACUGACGGUUCAGAGAAUCGUAAGAAGGAAAAGAACAAUAGACCUCAUCAGUGUGCUUUGUGUCCAAAAGCAUUUGCUCAGCCUCAAUCAUUAGCCAACCACAUGGAGCGACAUAAGCGGGUGAAAGACACUCAGAAACGUUUCCUGUGUGAAGUUUGCAGCAAGUGUUUCGCCCAGAGUGGUUCAUUGGUCGCGCAUAUGCGUACUCAUACAGGUGUCAAGCCGUACGUGUGCAACGUAUGCAGUAGAGCUUUCACUAAAAGCACAUAUUUGCAAUUGCAUUUGCGAACCCAUAGCGGGGAAAAGCCUUAUAUAUGUCAGUAUUGUAGUAGAGCAUUCGCGCGCGCUAACACGUUAGCCAGACAUAUAACAAUGCACACUGGCGAAGCCAAGUACCAUUGCCAGAUAUGCAUGAAAUCGUUCAGACGAUUAACAUCCCUAAACGAGCAUACUUAUACUCAUACAGGUCAAAGGCCUUACGCAUGUAAAAUUUGCACCAAGAGAUACAACAAUGCUGGAUCUCUUUAUGCGCAUACUAAGAAAUGUAAGGCCCAGCAAGUAUCUGGUGUCGUACCAGCCUAUACGGUUUCCGUGGACAAUACUACUCAUCCAAAUGGCGCUCCUGUACCCCAGAUGUUAAUUUAUUCCCAAAGAAAGUUAGUUGAGGAGACUCCAGCAGGACAAGUACCGCCAACUCCUCAAUUCAUGAUCGCAAACGUACAUAAUCAAAAACCAAUGCCUACUAAUAUUAUUCAACCAUUUACUGUCGAUGAUCCAAGUGUUUAUACAGUCAAUGCCAAACAGUUUAAGAAUCCAUAUUACACAAUUUAUCCAAACAUGUAACACAGCUCGUGCGAAUAUGUGAUACUAUGCCUAUGAGGAUCGUUCAUAGUUGCAGUGAAACUACUAUUUUAAAUCUUUUUUUUUUAAGAUGUAACAUUGGUACUUUUGAUAAAGCAUAUAAUCGGGCCUAAUCGUUCAAGAUUAACGAUGGGCUUGCUGUUCUAAACUCAAUGUUAAUUUACUCUUGACAUUAUGUAUUUAAAUCGCGAAUGCAUUGCUCGAGGCAUUAUUUACUUGAGAUAAAGGUUUUUUUUCUUUAAUGCAGUGGUACUGUAAAAUUUAUAUUACAUUUUGUCAAUUGCUUGAAGCACUUGCGAACGGCUGUUUAAAGAGAGGUAAUAGCAAUUUUGUUAGGUAAUAGUACUUCGGCGAUUGUAAAUAGUUUGAAGACAGCAUUUGGUCGAUUGUUGUAAAGGUACAAUGUAUGUCACUGAUAGCUCACAUAUGGCGUGUGUAUACGGAGACAAAUUUAUAUUAAUACGAACACAAUCUUAUUUUAUAAUAAAGUUUUUUACAAACAUUA